GUGUAGUGCUCUUGUGACAGUGUUUAAUUAUUGUUCUUUUUCCUUUGAUGUGCGAAGAAGUCAACUAAAACUUGUGAACCUGAUUGAGAACAAGGUGAUUCCUGGUCCAGUGAGUCCUGCAGGAGCAAGAGUCAGUGAUUCUCUUCGUGCAACAUGAUUAACCCAAAACUGUCAGCCGAAAUCGCGGCUGCUUGCAAUGCCCUUGGUUUUUACGAUGGCAGCAAAUACACGAAGGACAGAUAUUGCUUCGAAACGGUGAAAGAACUGAUUCGGCACCUCCGUCGCGAUGGCUCGCAGCACGAAGCGAGGCAGAUGCUUGGCGAAGCGAAAGUGCUGCAAAAGGAUUUGAUUCCGCUGAUGAAAGACUACCAUGACGAUAAGGAACUGUUCGGCAUCGUUCUCAGACUAAUGGUUAAUUUGACUCAUCCUGUUCUGCUGCUGUACCGCGAGGAGGAACCGAAUGAUCCGCAAGAGAGGAAGAACUACCUAAAUUUACUUUCCCAUCAGCAAGAAUACAAGAAAUCGUUUGUGGAUGAAGACAUCUUCACUGUUCUUUCGCAAAAACUGCGAUCUCUGCUGGAAAUUGAUUGGACCGAGAGGGAUGAAGACACAAACAUUGAAAUCGAGCGCGUGCUCAUCCUGGUGCGAAAUGUUUUGCAAGUGCCAGCUGACCUUGCAGAAGAGCAGCGAGCAGACAACGAUGCAUCAAUUCACGACCAGGUUCUCUGGGUUUGCCAUACCUCUGGAAUCAAUGCUAUUUUCCUCUAUCUCGCCUCUACUGAAAGUGAGCAGCCCUACUUCAUGCACAUCCUGGAGAUUUUAUCACAAACGCUGCGAGAGCAAAAUGCGGCUGAGCUGGCGACCGCGGCCGCCGAGCGGAGUCUGGAGGAGCGCAAGAGGGACGAGAGUGAAUUAAGCAGAUUAAGACAGGCUGAAAUUGAGGCGCGGCAGAUGAAAAUGAAACUGCUCAGGGGAUCUAGACACUCAAAGUUUGGCGGAACUUAUUGCUUGAAAAAUGUCAAGUCCAUCAGUGAGCGAGACAUGAUUUACCACAAGCCGCUCAACGCUUUUACUUCCAUCGACUUCGACCACAAUAAGACCAAAGUGAAGACUCCAAAGAACAGGCGUGCCGACAACAUUGACGUGCAGGAAAGGAGGUCUGCCUACAGCAUCCGACUUUUCCUCAAGGAGUUGUGCAUCGAGUUUCUGAGCGGAGCUUACAACGCCGUCAUGUACCACGUCAAGGACUCGCUUGUCAGGAACAAGGGACAGGAGAACGACGAGUCGUACUACUUGUGGGCACUCAAGUUCUUCAUGGAGUUCAAUCGGAAUUACAAAUUCCGCAUCGAACUAGUGAGUGAGACCAUGUCUGUUCAAACAUUCCACUGGGUGCAGACGCAGCUGGACCGCUGCCACGAAAUGCUGCAGACGCUGAAGAAAAACCGGCGGCAGUGGGUCAAGAGACAGCACCUCGCUCUCAAGGCGUACCAGGAGUUAUUGAUGACCCUGCUAGAAAUGGACAGAUCGGCUGACGAGGGUGUUCGCAGCACGGCCCGAGUCAUCAAGAGCAACAUUUUCUACGUCCUCGAGUACAGGGAGAUGAGCCAAGUGCUUCUGCAGUCGUUCGAUCCGAGCAAGCUGCCUCUAAAUUACUUGGGAGAUUUACUUGAGACCAACCAUGUUUUUCUCAAGAUGCUAGAGCAUUUUUGUAAGAAGGAGAAGAUCAUGGUGCAGAAAAAGAAGCGGAAAGGCGGCUCUAAAAAGAAGAAGCCAAAGAAGAAGGUGCAAGAAGCUACGCGGACAGAAGACAUCAAAACGGCCGAGGAAUUGUGGGAAGAAGGUCUUGCCGAGGAGCUUUCCGUUGUCAUUCAAGAGAACCCGAGCCUACCUUUAGUGGCGAUGCCCUUUGAUGUUCUCUCGGAGAAAUCUGAGGAUGAACAAAAGAUUGACUGCUUGAAAGUAAUUAAGCGGCACAUGAAAGAGAGGAAUUUCAUGGAAGCCAUUGCCACUUUAAAAGCCGCCAUCGAGAUUUGGCCCGACCUUGGCAGCACGGACAACGGAGAAAUGACCACGGAGGAUCAGUUCGUCGCCCUGAAAGACAUCUUCUUCGCCGAAUUACCUGGCGAGGAGCAGAGCGAGGAGCGUGCGCACGAGCCCUCCGAGUCGGAAGGGGAGCGUGGUGCUGGCAGUGACGACGAGGAGCAAGAUGCCGCCGGUGCUUUCGCCGAAAUUCACGAGCAGAACUUUAACUUUGAGGACUUCAUCAACAGGUUUGCCCAUCCGAGGGUUGUGACAGCAUGCUGCCUCAUGCUGCGGGGAUUCGACAAGAGCGGCGUCCGCCAGUUGCAAGUGCACGCGGCCAUCAAACUUCUGCACCGCAUCUGCUUCGACUGCAAGAAGCCCGCAAUGGCGUUCCAGGCGUCGCUCUUCAGGACCUUCCAGCGAGCCAUCAAGGCCCAGGCCAAAGGAGGACCCAUCGGCGCCAAUGCAAAGGAGCUGGCGGAUUUCGCAAAGUACAUAUUGCAGCAGUUUGCCAAGGUCUCCCACACGAAUCCGCACAUCUUCCUUGAGCUGCUCUUUUGGAAGACUUCCAGAGAUGCGCACGAUAUUGUUGAUGGCUAUGGCAGCUACGAGAGCUCCAAGACGAUGAAUAAAAACGCUUGGACGGAGCAACAAGAGGAUGAGAUCCAGAGACUGGCUACUGAGUUUACUGCCAAGAUGCAAGAAGAACAAAGCCGCAUUGAUGAAAGUGCCCUAGUUGACAAGGUUUGGGAAAACUUGAUCGAUCUUCGAUCACACUCGAGAAUCGCCGUUUACAAGAAGAUGAAGGAGCUUGGCCUCAUCACCGGCAACAAAUCCAUCAGUGGCAGAGUGAGCAAGUGGACUGAUGAAGAUGUUGAGGAGCUAACUCGGCUUUACAAUCAAUACAAAAAUGAUUACAAUCCGGUCCAGAGCAUCGCUGAUGGUUUGGUGAACAAGCGUAGCAAACAGACCAUCCGGAAGAAACUCAUCGAAAUAGGGCUUGCGACCAAGGAGGCCCUGGCUUGCAAAAAGGGAAAAAGAAGAGCAGGUCUGCAAGGAAGAGAGAGUGACGGGAGUGAGGAGGAGGGCAGUUCGGAUGAGGAAGAAGCAAAUCAGUCGAGAGCAACCCAAAAGUUUGUGUACAACAAAACAGCUGCUAUCGAGAGUGUCAAGACUGUGAUGGAAAAAGGAAUGUCAAGUGCCGUGCGUUGGCUGAUGAUGAGCGUGAAUGAGACAAUUCAAGAUCGGACUGAGGACGAUGACGACGAAGCGUCACCACUGAUCCCAAUGCUUGAAGAAGACUGCGACGCAAUGGAGGACGAAACGUUCCUGCUUAUGCUCAGGAAGAUUGGCAUGGCUGCUCCUGUCGAAGGACAGGAAACCAAUUGGAGAAUCCCGAGUGAGCUUUCCGUGGCUGAUCUGGAGGAGCGAUCCCAAAUUCUGGCGCACGCCCUGGACGGUCGACUGGACUCCCUUUUGCCGCCUCGAGAUGCAACCCCUGAGCCUGAGCCUGUACCCAAAACCUCUCAAAGGCGAAACAGAGCAAUGCUGGAGUCAGACGAUGAUUCCGAUGCAGAAAGCACAGCUCUGCUAAGGAAGGAAAACAACAGUGCGAAUAAGAGGAAACGAAUCGACAGCUCCAGCGACGACGACGAAGAAAUGAUGCACAAACUCUUCCAUUCCUCAACACCGGCAGCUUCUGAGAAAGCACAGGCUGGAAAAAAGAAAUCUCGAAUUAUGGCCAUUGACUCGAGUGAUGACGAGGGCCAGCCAGAGGAACCGCUAACUGAACAAGCAGCAAGCCAAGGUUCCCAAGCUGAAGUUGCUGACAAUGAGGCGCGCGAGACGUCGGACAAUGAGAGAGAUUCCGACGACGAACCACACUUGCAAAUUGUCUUGAACUCUGGAUCAGAAAAUGAUUCUCCAAAGAAAAAAAGGGUUCACAUGGUGAUUCCGGAUGACAGUGAUUGACAAUUUAAUUUUUCCAGUUUGUACACAUGUUUUCAAUAAAGUUAUCUGCUUUUAUCUUGAA